CCUGGGCAUGGCAACUGCGCUCCCAGUACAGCCUGCACCUGCCAGGGAGCUCUGACGACCAAAGACAACAUCAUCGACCUAUCCUCCACAUCCCGUACCUGCGAAGCGCGAGCGACCUGCGCCAGCCGUCCAUCAUUCCAGCGACACAUAUACAAUUGCGCGAUCCGAAGACAUAGACCUCGACCCACGCCAAGUAGGACCCAGAGCGCGCCCCCUCCUGCCGAGCUCCGGGGACUAGUCUGAAGCCAGCAUACACUUCUCCAGGUCCAUUGUAUAAACACAGACAUGGCCGCAUCGCAAGCAGAAUACAAGGACCGGCAGUUCCUGGCCGUCAUCGGCGACGAGGACUCGGUAACAGGCCUCCUCCUCGCCGGCAUUGGUCACGUGACGAACCCCCCGGACUCGCAAAAGAACUUCCUCGUCGUGGACGCCAAGACCGAGACCUCGGCCAUCGAGGCGGCCUUUGAGUCCUUCACCACGGAGCGCAAGGACAUUGGCAUCGUCCUGAUCAACCAGCACGUGGCCGACAAGAUCAGACAUCGCAUCGACACAUAUACCUCGGCCUUCCCCACAGUGCUCGAGAUCCCCAGCAAGGAGCACCCAUACGACCCAGAGAAGGACAGCGUGCUGCGGCGUGUGCGCCGCCUUUUUGGCGAGUAAGAGGGUCGCUGUUGAAUAUGCCGGUCUUUUAUUUGGCUCGGGCUUGAAGCAUUGAAGAACAGCCGGAGCGGGGGUUUGGCAGGUGGUCAGAUGCGACAUGAUAUGUUAUGGGCAGGCUACACAUCCGAUUGUCAACGGGGGCGGAAGAAGCAGCUACGUAGCGUCUAUAUAGCAUUUUGCGGUCUGGAGGAACAGGACACGCGAUAGAAUGAUACAAUUUAUCAGUACAC